GCUGGGGCCGGGGCCGGGGGCCGGGGCCGGGGCCGGGGCCGGGGUACGCCUAGCCGCCAUGAAGCGGGACGUGCGCAUCUUGCUCCUGGGCGAGGCCCAGGUGGGAAAGACGUCGCUGAUCCUGUCGCUCGUGGGCGAGGAGUUCCCCGUGGAGGUCCCUCCCCGCGCCGAGGAGAUCACCAUUCCCGCAGACGUCACCCCGGAGAAGGUGCCCACCCACAUCGUGGACUACUCAGAAGCCGAGCAGACGGCCGAGGAGCUCCAGGACGAGAUUCACAAGGCAAACGUGGUGUGUAUGGUGUACGACGUGUCUGAGGAGGCCACCAUUGAGAAGAUACGAACCAAGUGGAUCCCACUGGUGAAUGGGGAGACUGAGAGGGGCCCCAGAGUCCCCAUCAUCCUGGUGGGCAACAAGUCGGACCUGCGGCCCGGGAGCUCGAUGGAGGCUGUGCUGCCCAUCAUGAGCCAGUUCCCUGAGAUCGAGACGUGCGUGGAGUGCUCUGCCAAGAACCUGAGGAACAUCUCGGAGCUGUUCUACUACGCGCAGAAAGCAGUGCUGCACCCCACGGCCCCGCUCUACGACCCCGAGGCCAAGCAGCUGAGGCCCGCGUGUGCCCAGGCCCUCACGCGCAUCUUCAGGCUCUCAGACCAGGAUCUAGACCAGGCGCUCAGUGACGAGGAGCUCAACGCUUUCCAGAAAUCCUGCUUUGGGCACCCACUGGCCCCUCAGGCCCUGGAGGAUGUGAAGAUGGUGGUGUGCAAGAAUGUGGCAGGAGGUGUGCGGGAUGACCGGCUGACCCUGGACGGCUUUCUUUUCUUGAACACGCUGUUUAUCCAACGUGGCCGCCACGAGACCACGUGGACCAUCCUGCGACGCUUCGGCUACGGAGACACACUGGAGUUGACCCCUGACUACCUUGACCCACCGCUCUACGUGCCCCCAGGCUGCAGCACCGAGCUCAACCACUUUGGCUACCAGUUUGUGCAGAGAGUGUUUGAGAAGCAUGACCAGGACCGUGAUGGCUGCCUCUCGCCUGCAGAGCUGGAGAGCUUCUUCAGCGUGUUCCCCACUGCCCCCUGGGGCCCCCAGCUGCCUCUCGAGGUGUGCACCAAGGCUGGCCGGCUGUCUCUGCAUGGGUACCUCUGCCAGUGGACCCUGGUGACCUAUUUGGACGUCCGGCGCUGUCUUGAGCACCUUGGUUACUUGGGCUACCCGACCCUCUGCGAGCAGGACUCCCAAGCCCACGCCAUCACAGUCACUCGUGAGAAGAGGCUGGACCAGGAGAAGGGGCAGACGCAGAGGAACGUUCUCCUGUGCAAGGUGGUGGGAGCCUGCGGAGUGGGCAAGUCUGCCUUCCUGCAGGCCUUUCUCGGCCGCGGCCUGGGGGAUGCCGGGGAGUUUGCCGAGGAGCAUGCCGUCUAUGCCAUCAACACGGUGCAGGUCAACGGGCAGGAGAAGUACCUGAUACUGUGCGAGGCGAGUGCAGACAGCCUGCUGGCCACGGCGCCCGAUGCCACCUGUGACGUGGCCUGCUUGAUGUUCGAUGGCAGCGACCCCGGGUCCUUUGCGCUGUGCGCUGACGUCUACAAGCGCCACUACAUGGACGGGCAGACCCCCUGCCUCUUUGUCUCCUCCAAGGCAGACCUGCCUGAAGGCAUCUCGCCACCUGGGCUGUCGCCCACGGAAUUCUGCCGCAGACACCGGCUGCCUGCCCCUGCCCCCUUCUCGUGUGUUGGCCCGGCCAGGCUCAGCACUGCUGUGUUCACCCGGCUCGCCGCCAUGGCCGCUUGCCCACACCUGGCCCCUGGCGAGCUGCCCCCCACCUCCUUCUGGCUACGAGUGACGCUGGGGGUUGUUGGAGUUGCCGUCACCGCCGUCCUCAGCCUCUCACUCUUCCGGGCCCUGCUGAAGAGCCGAUGAGGCCUCAGGGGCCCCCAUGGUGCUGGUGUGGAGGUCACCUGCUCGAGGGGCCUGCCUUCUGUCGGGGACACCUGGCCCGCCUCCCUGCCUGAGCCCCAGGGCCAGCCUCCAGUUCCCGGUAGCCUGUGUCCCUACCCAGCUGCAGGUGCCAAGCAUCACCCACUUUGGGUGUCAUGUGUUGAAGGGACUGGGCAUCAUGGAUGAGGAAGCCAGUGACCCAGACCCAAGUAUUCUCAGGGCUCCGGUCCUCUCUGGUCCCAGGCAGCCAGUAGGCAUGAAGGGGGCCAAAGGUGGGGGUGGGGGAAGGACAUGGUUAACACGGCCUCCCUCUCCUCCCUGGUUUGGAGAUGGGCCCAGCACUUCACCCCUCCCAGAAGACAUGAGGUGGGGUCUCCUGAUUAAACUUCACUUGUGUCUUUUGCACCUGGGA